ACAAACCACCUUUGCUCAUCUUUUGCCUUGAAAACCCCAUUAGGUGGAACAUCAUGGGGUCGCCAUGAGCUGCUUGCAAUUCAGCUGCAUACUUUACUUUUUAAUGAAGUGGGUAGGCCUCUAGCGUCUUUCCUGGUUGCCAUGGUAACUUGGGCUGCUACUCUCUAGAAAACAUAAAAGAGCAACAAGUGCAAGACCAAACAUUCUGUCUUGUUUUGUAGAUUACCCAGGCUGCCAAAUGAAAGCAAAGCAUCUGUAAAUUCACAGAUAAAAUCUACCAAGUGAAGAACACCACAACAAAGCAGCUUGGGGACUACAAGUAUAAUCUGAAAAGGUCUUGCAACAUCAAGAGACAGAGCAUUGGUUGUGUGGAAUAUCUCAGCUCAAGCAGCAUUGGCUGCAUCAAAUGUGAAGCAGGGGUGGUAUUGGAUAUGUGAUAGGAACAAAGCAAGCCGAGGUUACAGUCAUUGAUAAGAUUCACUGAUUUAAAGCAGCAAAGUUCCUGGAGCUAUGAACCCUGUAAAAAUGACGGUAGCUCGAAAGCAUCAUCUCUUUUUGAUUGGCUUCUUUGGCUUUUGUGUGGAUAGUUUUGUAUGGGGUCAAAAAAACAACACUCUAAUUUUCACCAAAGAAAACACCAUUCGUAAUUGCACAUGUCCUGAUGAUAUUGGUGACAAUGACUGUGAGUACAGUUUGGCAAACCUAAUAUGUAACUGUAAGACUGUCUUGCCUAAUACAAUAGACAAAACCUACUACAACAAUCUGACGAUUUGGUUCACAAACACAGCUAUGCUGGGAAUGCUAUUAAACUUUACAGCGGUGCAUGACUUGAAGCUCUCACUCUGUGGCUCUGUUCCUCUGUCAACUGAGUACCUGACUAUCUGGGGACUGAGAAGACUACAGAUAAAAAGAGACCACAAUGGUCAGUUACAAGAGCAGAGUUUAACUAUCUUCAGUAGCUACGACAAUAACAUGCAAGAUAAAUUGAAGGUGCACUGCAAAGGAAGGGAAAUUAUUAUUUAUAUUUCUGUUCUACACACAUCUCUUUUCAACAGUUACUCUCCACUGAAAUCAUACAGUGUGGAAAAUAUUUCCAACAUAACAGAUCACUUUCCAAGUCUGCCAUAUUCUGAUAACUUCUUCACUACUAAUAACAAAAGAUAUGUCAUAACAUUCAUUUACUGACACAGCAUACUUGCCUAUUUCACCAA